AUGAGACAGGAUGCCGGAGGUUCAGAACGUGACCAGAACUUCUCCCAGGUGAGGAAUCCCUCGGACCAGCUGAUCUCUCUCAGUAGACCAGUGGACAUUGAAUCUAGUGACCAACCAAAGGACUCAAUCUCUCUCAGUAGACCAGUGGACAUUGAAUCUAGUGACCAACCUAAAGACCCAAUCUCUCUCAGUGGACCAGUGGACAUUAAAUCUAGUGACCAGCCUAAAGACAAAAUCUCUCUCAGUGGACCAGUGGACAUUGAAUCUAGUGACCAACCAAAGGACUCAAUCUCUCUCAGUAGACCAGUUGACAUUGAAUCUAGUGACCAACCUAAAGACCCAAUCUCUCUCAGUGGACCAGUGGACAUUAAAUCUAGUGACCAGCCUAAAGACAAAAUCUCUCUCAGUGGACCAGUGGACAUUAAAUCUAGUGACCAACCAAAAGACUCAAUCUCUCUCAGUGGACAUUAA